AUGUCGAUUUUCAGCCCGCCAAAGCACCAGAAGCUUAUCCCCUUCAACAUCCCCGCCGUUACCGGCUCCGAAAUAGAGUAUAUCAACACCGCCAUCCAAAACGGCACCCUCACGAACGGCCGAUACACCCGGCUCUGCCAGUCAUGGUUAGAACAACGCCUGUCCUGCAGGAAAGUCCUCCUGACACCCUCCUGCACCGUUGCCCUUGACCUCGCCGCGCUGAUCCUGGACAUCAAACCCGGAGACGAGGUCAUCCUCCCGAGCUACACACACCCAUCGACCGCAAACGCAUUCCUCCUCCGCGGUGCCUCAUUGGUAUUCGUCGAUAUCAUCCCGGAGACCAUGAACAUGGACCCGACGCGAGUCCGGGAGGCGAUAACUGAUCGUACGCGCGCGGUGGUCCCAGUAUGCUACGCCGGUUUCGCAUGCGACAUGGACGAGAUCCUGGAAAUUGCGCGCGAACGCGGGAUAUACGUCGUCGAGGACGCGGCGCUGGGACUCUUCUCCACGUACAGAGACCGUGUCGUCGGGACGAUGGGACAGCUGGGGUGUAUUAGUUUCCAGGAGGAGGGGAAUAUCACGGCUGGGGGACAGGGCGGUGCUCUCCUCGUUAAUGACCCGGCGCUGGUGGAGCGCGCGCAGAUUAUUUGGAACAAAGGCAUGAUGCAUGACCCGGCGUUUCGGAGUACGGAUGAAAGCGUGGAUACGUGGCAGCUGGUUGGUGGGAGCUAUGCGAUUAGUGAGCUGCAGGCUGCGUAUCUCUGGGCCCAAUUGGAGGGCGCAGAGACGAUUCAGAUCCAGCGCCAUCGGAUCUGGAAUCUCUAUUGGAAGGAGUUGGAGGGGUUGGAGACGCAGGGGAUCAUCCGGUUGCCGGCUUUACCGCCGCAUCGGGAGCACAAUGCUCGGAUGUUCGGAAUGAAGGUCCGGGAUAUGGCGGAACGACGGGAGUUCAUGGAAGCGAUGAAGGGGGUUGGGAUCAGCGUGUUGCCUCACUAUAGUCCUCUUCACAAAAUAGGCCCUGGUAAGAAUCACCGGCAUGUUAUGGAUGAAGAUGCGGUGACUAGGGAGAGUGAGCGCCUUGUUCGCCUGCCGAUAUACUAUGCCAUGACUUUGGAUGAUGCUCGAUUUGUGAUAGAUCAAGUCAGGCAGUUCUAUUCUUCUGGAAAGGUCACUUGA